AUGAGCGCCAACCCUGAAGCACCUGGCGCCCCAGCCGAACGCAUCACCUCUACAGCUUCAACCAUCACCGAUUACGCUUAUCCGUACGGUCACUUUGGUCAUCUUACACAAAAGCAGGAGGAAGCUUUUGUCCAAUUUAAGAAGGUCCUGGAGGAGAGGGGACUUUUGAAGCCUGGUCCUCCUCCUUCUCAUGAUGACCCUUUGAUCCUACGAUACUUGCGCGCACGACGAUGGAAUGUCGAAGACGCUUAUACCCAAUUUAAAGAAACAGAAGACUGGCGAAAGGCAAACGACUUGAAUGUGUUAUAUGAUACCAUUGAUCUCAACGCCUACGAUUUCAGCCGUCGCUUGUAUCCUCAAUGGACAGGUCGACGCGACCGUCGCGGAAUUCCUCUCUAUGUCUUUGAAGUCAAGACCCUCGACUCCAAGACCGUCCACGAGUAUGAAAAGGUCGGCACAUCGAGCACCUUUUCCCAAGCCAAGUCCGACGGCAAGACUCCCAACGGUCUUUUGCGACUCUUUGCGCUCUACGAAAACUUGACCCGCUUCAACAUGCCCUUCUGCACUCAACUUCUCGACCGCGACCACCCCGAAGUCCCAAUCACAUUAAGCACAAACAUUGUCGACAUUUCCGGUGUUGGUCUCAAGCAGUUCUGGAAUCUCAAGCAACACAUGCAGGCUGCUUCACAACUCGCCACAGCACACUACCCCGAGACUUUGGAUCGCAUAUUCGUUAUUGGCGCACCCGCCUUUUUCAGCACUGUUUGGGGAUGGGUCAAGCGAUGGUUUGAUCCCAUUACUGUCUCCAAGAUAUUUAUCCUGGGCAACCACGAGGUCAAGUCAGUGCUGGAGCAGUACAUUGAACCCAGAAAUAUCCCCAAGAAGUACGGUGGCGAGCUUGACUACAGUUUUGGAGAACUCGGAAACCCUGAUCCUAACUGGACGGGUGUUGUCGAGUUUGAAAACGGUCACAAGACUUUCCCCAGUGGUCCUUUGCUGUGGGAGGAGGACGGUAACGAUCGAUUGGUCUGUGUUGCCAAGGGUUCCAAGGACGGCAAGCCUCGACACGAGAGAAUCUGCACCGUUCCCAAGACCUUUGGUCUGUCGCCUGUGGUUGAGAUUGGUGUAAAUGCACCAGUCGAGGCCGCUCCCGUCAAUGGCGUUUCCAAUGGUACCGCGGGAGCCGAAACUGUCCAGACCGACGACUCUACCUUGAGCAACGAGGUUGACGAAAAACUGAAGAUUCAGGAUGACAAGCCCGCUGUCCCACAAACCACUGUUGCUUAA